AUGAAAAAAGCGGUAACGAAUCCAUUUAAAGCUAUUAUGAAACCAAAAAGAAUGGAAAGAGACAAAGAAUCAUUGAGUGAUGUGUCGAAAUCAUGGCAAAUGAGAAAAUCGAAGUCAAUUAGGAAAUUAAAAAGUCAACAAAAACAAAAUAAUCGGAAUCCUGUUGUGGCGAAAAAUUCAAAUACAAAAGAAUCGAAAUUGCCCAAAAAGAAACAAGCGAAUUCGAAAACUUUGUCUGCUGAACCGGUGAGUGAAUAAUUUGUUUGGAAAGAACAUACAUCAGUGCCUAUCUAGAGCAUCCUAUAAAAAUGCAGUCAACUUCCAGAAAGAUAACACUACUGGUGAUACAACUGUAGAAGAUCGGAAGAAAAGUGGUCGAAAGAAAGAUUCGAAAAAGGUAGAAGUAAAAGAUCUCAAACAGUUUUUUCAAUUAGUUAGUGCCACAAAAGAAGCGAAAAAAUCAAAAGAAAAACCGAGAGCAAGAGAUCCAACAAGAGAUUAUUUACCAGAUAAAUUGAAGGUUUUUAUGAGAUCAGAAGAGGAAAGAACAUGUGCAAGAACAAGAAAAACUCUCAAGUUGAAUGCACCAAAUAUCAAAAAAUCUUUACCAAAUAACAAUGAGAAUAAUGGGAAUUUGUUUGAUAAAAAUGGAAAUCCAUUUUGGACUGAAGUUAUGUUUGAUCAAGAAGAAGCUGAAAAAGAUGGAGUUGAAGUUGAAGGAAGAUUAACAGCUGAUCAUGUUGUUAGAUAUCUUGAAGGGACAUUGACAUUGAUACAUCCACCUGCACUCAAGUAAGUGACAUUUUUAUAUUUUUGAAAAAUAUAAUAAUUUCAGAUUAUCUUUGGAUAAUACUCGAGAGGCUGAUGAUAUGAAACAAAUGGAUGAUGAAUAUUUCAACGAAGAUGCAAUCAUUUAUCAUACUCUUCAGAAUGUUAUCAAUCAUAGCGAAAGAGCACUUCAACGAUGUAUUUCGCAUGGAAAUAAUGAAGAUGGAAAACAGAGAUCUCGAAGUUCGGAACCCACAUCUAAAGAAACAGUUGCAUCUCCAACAUCGACUUAUGAACAAGACAAACUGGGAAGAAUUCGAUUUUUGAUGGAUAAAACGGAAAAUGCUGUUUAUGAUCGACAUAAUGUUUAUGGAUCUGUGGCGAAACAUUUGGUGAAACGAAGAAAUUUGGCAAAAUGGAAUGAGGAAGUGAGUGCAGCACAGGAUGAUUAUUAUUGA